AUGAACUUCAACCCACCAACACUGCAGCAUCUGGCAGGAAGAAGCCUGAUGAAAGACGAAGCCUUGGCCAUCUCUGCUCUACAGGACCUGCCCAUGCAACUCUUCCCACCACUCUUCAAGGAUGCGUUCACCAGCAAACAGUCUAACAUCCUGAAGCAGAUGGUGGCAGCAUGGCCUUUCCCAUGCCUUCCAGUGGGAGGACUAAUGGAGACUCCUCCUCACCUGGAGACCUUGAAAGCUGUGCUAGAUGGCCUUGAUUUGCUGAUGAAACAGAAGGUUAGACUUAGGAUGUGGAAACUACAAGUGCUUGAUUUACGGGAUGCCCAUCAUGACUUCUGGAAAGGGUAUACUGGAAUACAGGAUUUAGUCAGCUCACUAGAUGUCAUUGGCAAGACCCAACCAGUGGGGAAUCAUCCCAUCAUAGGGGGAAAACAGGUCAUGACUGUAUUGAUGAACCUUUCCUUCACGUCCCGCCAUCCAUCCAAAUACAUAAAAUACCUUUGUCAUUGGGCCAAGCAGAGGAAAAAUGUGAUACAGGUGAUCUGUCAGAAGUUGGAGUUUGGGGCCAUUCCUGCCUAUGACUCACUGAAUGUGUUGGGGGUUUUUGAUCUAGGCUCAAUACAGGAACUGGAAAUUAAUAAAUGCUGGGACAUGUGUACCCUUGCAUUGCUAGCCCCUGGCCUGGGCCAGAUGAAAAACCUCCAAAAACUCCUUUUGAAGGAAAUCUGCAUAACUGUGGAUUGGCCUUGGGACCAAAAGACGGAAGGCCUGUGUGUUAAACAGAUCUUUUUUCAGUUCUCCAAACUUCGUAACCUCCAGCAUCUCUAUUUGAAUGAUGUCUACUUCCUGAAUGAACAUCUGGACCAAGUGCUCAGGUGUUUGGAGAGUCCAUUAGAGACUCUUGCUAUCACUCAUUGCAUGCUGUCACAAUCAGAUAUGAAGUAUCUCUCCCAGUGUCCAAGCAUCCAUCAGCUCAAACACCUGGACCUGAGUGGGGUCACCUUCAUAAAUUUAAGUCAUCCAUUUCUCAGAAGCUUGCUAGAAAGAGUGACUGCUACUCUAAAGACAUUAAAAUUGAAUGGCUGUAUGAUCAUGGACUUCCAAAUCAGAGCCCUCCUGCCUGUGCUGAGCCAGUGUUCCCAGCUCACUGAAGUCAAUUUUGAGGAGAACUCUUUGUCCAUGGACAGCCUGAAGAAGUUGCUGCAGCAUACUGCUAACCUCACACAUUUGACCCUGGAGAAGUACCCUGCCCCUGAUGAGGUCUAUGAUGACACUGGUAAUGUUAUUCCACACAGAUUUAUACAACUUUGUUCUGAGCUUAUGGACACACUCAAGAUUUUAAGGCAGCCAAACCAUGUCUACUUUGUGAGCAAGAAAUGUUUGGAUUGUCACAAAUAUUUUAUCUAUAAUUUGGAGGCCAUGCUAUGCUCUUGUUGGCAAUAA